AUGUCAAGGGCUAACAUACAACGUUUACACAGAGUACUCGCGGUGUUCGUAUGGGGUUCAAGCUGGGAGCGCACCAGUCGCACUAAUCUCUUUCGUUCGGUUAAAAAUGGAGGAUUAGGUAUGGCACAUUUGUUCAUUAGGCAGAUUGUGUCGAGGUUUGUUUACUUACGGGACCAAAAUGACCCAUUUUUAUUAACUAUGUUUCAAACAAGGCUGAGCGAGGCUAUACCUGAGUUUAUUGUAUCGUCACAUCGGUGCAGUCAAGGCAGAGCGCGUGGUUUCUUAAAAGAGGUAGUCUUGGCUUUUCAGCUCUUAAAGGUUCGGUUUUCCAUGGAAUACUUAAGUAGGGUACCACGAAAGCGCUUAUAUAAGGACCUGGUAGACACAAUGUUACCGGUGCCAUUGUAUCGCUCGAUGUUCUGCAUUGGACCUGAAAAGGACGUACUAAAAAGAGUUAAACGAAUGCCAGUACGCCCGUCAGUAAAGUCCUUCUUCUUCCAGCUCCACACCAAUACUUUACCUGUGAAACCGUGGCUAGAUGAAAAAGGACUUUCCGUGCCUUGGAGCGUCAACUGUUUACUAUGCCGGAAACCCGAAACAGUAGAACACAUUUUUCUUGACUGCUGGGAUGCUGUGUUCCAUUGGGACGUCUUACAGAGAACGCUAAAGAAGGACUUGCCGAUUACACCAUAUGGGAUUCGUUUCCUGCCUACUCUAAAUGAAGACAAAGUACCCUAUGACAUGUUCAUGCUGGUGUCCUUGCAUAGUUUAUGGAAAACUAGAAUGGCCGUGAGACAUGCCGAAAUAAACGCCCGGCCUGUUAGAGAAUACUUCAUUGAAAGCAUUCGUCAUAUUAAGGAAUUGUACAAUUUUCAAAAAGAAAAACCAACAUGGCUCAGUGUGAUGACUGAUCUAGCGAACUUCAAGCGUUUUUAGUCCUGUGACCGCCAACCAACGGCAGAGAUUUUGUCGUGACUGUUGUGUACUGUUAAAAUGUCUUGCUUUGUAUGUUGCCAUGUCGGUAAUAAAGAAAAAAAAGAACUAGUGGCCCAGUGCUAACG